CUUGGUUCCCAAUUCAUAUACCCCUCGCCUUCGUUUCUGGGACAAACACCACAACACCUUCAAUAGUUCGUCUGGUUGGUUGCCGGGCCUUGCUUGUCACGAUGCGCAUCUACAAACUAUUUAGCCUCAUCGCCCUCCUAUCCAUUGCCCACUCGAUCCCGCUUCGAACAACAGAUGCAGACUUCUUGGCCAUGAGACGGAAACUGUUGAAGGAUAUGAGAGGUGGUAAAGCAAGUGAUAAGAAACACAAAUACUUCCGUAGACGAAUCAAGUUUCCAUCCGCACUACGAUGGCCGGUAAGUGGUAGCCGUCCUACAUGGCGACCGAGGUUUUCUGAUGGCCCGGUUGCAGAUUUACGGACCACAAGCUCGGCUAUGUUGAGCAAAAGAGAGCACUGAAGAACUUGGCGCAGACCUUCCUGGCCACUUUCUCAGAUCUCGGCGUAGAGACAUGGCUUGUGCAUGGCAGCCUUCUGGGCUGGUGGUGGAAUAAACAAGUCGGGCCCACCCCCUACACUCUCCUCGGGGCUAUCACAUGGGCUAACCC